GCGCGGAGCGCUCCGGUGACGUCCUUCGUUUCGGCUGUACUUCCGGCGCGAAGGUCACGGACAAGAUGGUGCCACCGGUGCAGGUCUCUCCGCUCAUCAAGCUCGGCCGAUACUCCGCUCUGGUCCUCGGCAUGGCCUACGGCGCCAAGCGCUACAGUUACCUAAAACCCCGAGCAGAAGAGCAGAGGAGGGUAGCAGCCGAGGAGAAGAAGAGGCAGGAUGAACUGAAACGCAUUGAGAGAGAAUUGGCAGAAGCUCAAGAUGACAGCAUAUUAAAGUGAGGUGCCAGCAGACUUACCUUUCUUCGACCCCUGUGGAUGAAUAAAACUUUGGUUUGUGA